GCGCUAUUCCUCGGCUUUUUGCUGGUGGCCGUUUGGGCCUCGUUGCGUUGGGGGACAUCCUCUGGGUUCCGCCUGACCGCCUUCACGAAGGCUACUUCGACAACGCCAGCAGCGCCCGCAAAGAGCAUUGCAAGCCCGAAGAUUCCACCAAAGGAGAAGGGCAAAGCCACAGCGGGCGCCGGGGGAGACCCCAGGCCGUUCAUCGAAGUGGAUCGGGAGGGCCUGAAAUUCAAGACCUAUGAUUGCGACAACUGCAACACGGUGGUGUUCGUCGGCCAGCACGUCUUGCAACAAGAGGCUCCGCAGGACGGCAAACUUCUCCUCGGCCAGCAGAGGUUCGCAGACUUGACAGCCAGUGAUAUCAGGCCCACCAAAGAUGUCACAGGGAAGCUGCCAAAGAGCCCUGAAGCUGCCACCCUGGAACGUGCCAGAAACCACUUGGUCCGAGCGAAGGAGAAGGGAUUCCAGACCAUUGAAGAGAGGUACGAUAAAGAUCCCGUCUUCGCUGCCAAUAUGUUGGAGGAUGGUCAGACCAUUGCCAACAUCAGAAUCUGGGGCUGCUUGACUCACGCAGUCAUCUCAGCUUCCCAACGCAGCGCAGCCCAGCGUGCCCUUAAUCUGGGAGCAAGCCAGACGCCGAUGGAUGAGGCAGUCGAAGAGUACCCGGCGAGGACCGUCUUCAUGUACGGAUUUCCCCUUCGAGCGGCUAACCUCAUCACAGAUGCGGCGGACCCCGAUGUCUGCAUCGGCUUUGGCGGCACCUUCUUCAGCAUUAAGAAUUUCGCUGAGUU